UGGGCAGGGCUGCGGGAGCUGUGCUAGCGGCCGCCCGGGCUCGGGCCGCUCCGCCGGGCCCGGCGCUCCCCUGCCCCGCCCCGCCAUGCAGCGCUUCACGGUGAACAUCAAGCUGCCGGCGAGGACCCUGACGGGCGCUCUCAGCGCGCCCAACCGGGGGGCGGCGGACUGGGGCUGGCAAGGUCUGAUUGCAUAUGGAUGUCAUUCUCUUGUGCUGGUAAUUGAUGCCAAUACUGCUCAGACUCUACAGGUUUUGGAAAGACACAAAGCUAGUGUUGUCAAGGUUAAAUGGGCUAAAGAGAAUUACCAUCAUAAUAUUGGCUCUCCAUAUUCCUUACGUUUAGCUUCUGCUGAUGUUACUGGAAAAAUAAUUGUAUGGGAUGUUGCAACAGGAACAGCUCGUUGUGAAAUACAAGAACACACCAAACCAAUUCAAGACAUGCAGUGGUUGUGGAAUCAGGAUGCUUCUAGAGAUUUACUGCUUGCAGUUCAUCCACCUAACUAUAUUGUACUGUGGAAUGCUGACACAGGCACCAAACUUUGGAAGAAAAGUUAUGCUGAAAAUAUCCUGUCUUUUUCAUUUGACCCCUUUGAUCCAUCACACUUAGCUUUGCUCACCAGUGAAGGAAUAGUGUUCAUCUCUGACUUCUCGCCUUCCAAAGCUCCUGCCAGCUCAGGGAAGAAAGUUUACAUCUCUAGUCCUCAUUCCAGUCCGUCUCACAACAAGCUGGCUGCUGCUACGGGGGCCAAAAAGGCCCUUGAUAAAGUCAAAAUCUUAAUCAGUAAUGAAAAACCAAGUGCUGAAUCUGUAACACUCAAUGACUGCCUUCAGCUGUCAUAUUUGCCUUCCAAGAGAAACUACAUGCUGUUACUGUAUCCCAGAGAAAUUUUGAUUCUUGAUUUGGAAGUGAAUCAGACAGUGGGUGUGAUUGCAAUUGAAAGAACAGGUGUACCUUUCCUCCAGGUCAUUCCUUGCUUUCAGCGUGAUGGGUUAUUUUGCCUUCAUGAAAAUGGUUGUAUAACUUUAAGAGUUCGCAGAUCCAAUUGCAGUAUAACUGGAACUCCAAAUGAAGAGCCAGAUCCAGACCCAGCUCAGGAGCUAAUAUACGAUUUGAGAAGUCAGUGUGAUGCAAUCAGGGUAACAAAAACAGUUCGACCCUUCAGUAUGGUGUGUUGCCCAGUGAAUGAGAAUUCUGCAGCUCUCAUAGUCAGUGAUGGCAGGGUAAUGAUCUGGGAAUUAAAAUCCAGUGUUUCUGGCAGAAAUGUUCGUAACAGCAGUUCAAGUGCAUCACCUUUGUAUUCCCCAGUCUCAUUCUGUGGAAUUCCUGUAGGAGCAUUCCAAAAUAAACUUCCAGACCUCUCAUUAGACAACAUGAUUGCAGGGCAAGGCACAGUUGCUGGAGAAGAACAGUUGAAGAAUUCUUUUCUGCAAGAAGUGCACCUCAAAUUUCUGCUGACUGGACUUCUUUCAGGACUUCCUUUGCCUCCGUUUGCCAUCCGCAUGUGCCCGCCUCUUACAACAAAAAACAUUAAGGAGUAUGAGCCAAUCCUUGCUGUUGGUACAAGUAAUGGCUCUGUCUUGGUGUUUCAUCUUACAAGCGGACUCUUACACAAAGAGUUAAGCAUCCAUUCCUGUGAAGUCAAGGGAAUCGAGUGGAUAAGCUUGACUGGGUUUAUUUCCUUUGCCACAUCAACGCCUAACAAUCUGGGGCUAGUAAGGAAUGAGCUGCAGCUGGUGGACCUACCAACAGGCAGAAGCAUUGCCUUUCGUGGGGAGCGAGGCAAUGACGAGCCAGCUAUUGAAAUGAUAAAGGUGUCUCAUUUGAAGCAGUAUCUAGCUGUAGUAUUUAAAGACAAACCGCUGGAGAUCUGGGAUGUCAGAACAUGUACUCUGCUCAGAGAAAUGUCUAAAAACUUCCCUACAGUGACUGCUUUGGAGUGGUCACCUUCUCAUAACUUAAAAAGCCUGAGGAAGAAGCAGUUGGCAGCCCGGGAGGCCAUGGCCCGGCAGACCGUUGCGUCAGACGCUGAAGUUAGCAGCGUGGAGUCUUCUGUGAUCAGCUUGUUACAGGAAGCUGAAAGUAAAUCGGAGCUGAGCCAGAACAUUUCUGCCAGAGAGCACUUUGUGUUUACUGGUGCUGAUGGGCAGGUUUAUCAUCUCACAGUAGAAGGAAACACAGUAAAAGACAGUGCAAGAAUUCCUCCUGAUGGAAGUAUGGGUAGCAUUACAUGUAUUGCCUGGAAAGGGGAUAUCCUGGUUCUUGGAGAUGUUGAUGGAAACUUAAACUUCUGGGAUUUAAAAGCUAGAGUAUCCAGGGGGAUUCCCACACACCGAAGCUGGGUGAAAAAGAUUCGUUUUGCCCCAGGGAAAGGAAAUCAAAAACUUCUGGCAAUGUACAGUGAUGGUGCAGAAAUUUGGGAUUCCAAAGAGGUGCAAAUGGUGAGCAGUUUAAGAAGUGGAAGAAAUGUGAAUUUCCGAAUCCUGGAUGUGGAUUGGUGCACUUCAGACAAAGUGGUCUUGGCAUCAGAUGAUGGGUGCAUUAGAGUUCUAGACUUGUCCAUGAAGCCAUCGUGUUUUAGAAUGGAUGAACAGGACUUAAUAGAACCUGCAUGGUGCCCCUAUCUGCUCGUUCCAAGGGCUUCAUUAGCCUUAAAAGCGUUCUUGUUACAUCAGCCAUGGAAUGAGAAAUACUCUCUAGAUAUUAUAAACAUUGAUUAUCCAGAGAACGAGAAUAUUAAAAACCUUCUUCAAGAGCAGUUGAAUUCAUUGUCCAAUGACAUAAAGAAACUUCUGCUUGAUCCGGAUUUUACUCUCUUGCAAAGAUGUCUCCUAGUUGCCAGGCUGUAUGGGGAUGAAUCUGAACUGCAUUUCUGGACUAUUGCUGCCCACUAUUUGCACAGCUUAUCCCAGGAAAAGUCUGCAAAACCAGCAGAUGCAGCUGCCCUUCAAGAACAGUUGGUUAAUCCUUUGGAUAUAUGCUAUGACAUACUCUGUGAGAAUCAUUACUUCCAGAAAUUCCAGCUUGAAAGGGUAAAUCUCCAGGAAGUGAAGAGAUCAACGUAUGACCACACCAGGAAAUGUGCUGAUCAGCUGCUUCUCUUGGGCCAGACUGACAGAGCAGUGCAACUGUUGUUAGAAACAAGUUCAGAGAAUGUGCAUUAUUACUGUGAUUCACUCAAAGCUUGCUUGGUCACAACUGUCACCUCAUCAGGUCCAUCUCAAAGUACCAUUAAACUGGUAGCAACCAACAUGAUAGCCAAUGGAAAGCUUGCAGAGGGUGUGCAGUUACUGUGUCUGAUUGAUAAAGCUGCUGAUGCCUGUCGCUACUUGCAGACUUAUGGCGAAUGGAAUCGUGCAGCUUGGCUUGCAAAGGUUCGUUUGAACUCUGAGGAGUGUGCUGAUGUGUUGAAGCGUUGGGUAGAUCACCUUUGCUCUCCACAAGUCAACCAGAAGUCCAAAGCCAUUCUUGUCCUCUUGUCACUUGGGUGCUUUACAAAAGUUGCAGAGAUGUUGCACAGUAUGAGGUACUUUGACAGAGCAGCUUUAUUUGUUGAAGCUUGUCUGAAAUAUGGGGCAUUUGAAGUUAAUGAUGAUACAAAUAAAUUGAUCCAUGCUAUAUAUGCAGACUAUGCCAGAAGCUUGAAGCUCCUGGGCUUUAAACAGGGAGCUCUUCGUUUUGCCUCAAAAGCAGGGGAAAGUGGUAAAGAAUUACUGAUUGAGCUCAAGCAGCCUAAAGAGGAAGUGACACAAGAGUAAGAAUGUUUCGUUUAUGAGGAGAUUUGAGUUGUCUCUCAGACUGAGAUCCCACUGGGUGAAAAUACAUUUUUCUCUUGAAUCGCUGUAAUAGCUGAUGUGUGAUUUGAGCAAAUGGUGUUGAAUGUGUGUGGAGGCAACAUUAAGAAGAGUUCUGUGUUUAUUUUCAUGUUAAAAUUGUCUUCAUUUCACGAGAUGGGAAGGAAGCCUGUGGUGAAGUCGCACAAGCAUAUUUACAACAUUUUCAACUGUAGCAGAAGACAAAUUGAGAAAGAUGCUGAGAGAGUUCUAUACCUGUGUAAAAGUCUACUCCAUUUACUUUUAAGAAUCAGAUCUUUCUAUUUCUUCACUACUGUUGUAUUUAUAUGUAUACAGUCUGUACUAUACAAAUAUAAAUAUAUUUAAAGAAUAAACAUCCAUUACAAAACA